AUGGCUUCCAACGGAUUGCAAAACGGCCAUCCCCCAAUUGAAACCCCAGCCAACCGAGUGGCUAAUGGUGAGACACCCGAGAAUUGGGUCGCUUGCGCGGAUCAUCCUGUCUACGCACGACGUAAGCUCCGGGUGGUCUGUAUUGGAGCCGGUUAUUCGGGCUUGACGUUAGCACACAAGAUUUAUCAUGAGCUAAAAAUCAACGAUGUGAUUGAACUGGUAAUCUACGAAAAGAACUCCAAGGUGGGCGGGACUUGGUUCGAGAACACGUACCCGGGAGUCGCCUGUGACAUUCCUGCUCAUGCCUAUACGUUCCUGUUCGAGCCCAAUCCUAACUGGUCGCACUUUUACGCCUCCGGGUCAGAGAUCCACCAGUACAUCCAGCUCACAGCGAAAAAGUGGAAUCUCGACAGGGAUAUACAAUUUAAUUCACACGUCAGAGAAACAGUCUGGGAUGAUGAGCUAGGAAAAUGGAAAAUUCAAGUUGAUCAGGCUGGAGCGCUCAAACAAGAUGAGGCCGAUAUCCUGGUGAACGCUACCGGGUUUUUGAGCAAGACCAAUUGGCCGGUUAUCGAUGGUCUGUCGGAUUUCAAGGGAAAGUUGGUCCACACGUCCAAAUGGGACCACGACUUUGACUGGGCCAACAAACGCGUCGCGGUGAUUGGGAAUGGCUCAUCCGGUAUUCAGUGUGUAGCGGCCAUGCAGCCUAAGGUCAAGCAACUCGUUAAUUUUGUUCGCAAUCCGACCUGGGUAUCGGUCAACUUUUGCGUCGAGAAAACGCACAAUGGAAGCAAUUUCAAGUACACGGAGGAGCAGAAAAAGGAAUUCGCCGACGAUGCUGAAGCUCACUUUAAGUACAGACGGGAACUGGAGGCCAGCGUGAACGGAUUUUUCUACGGCAUGUACAAGGACCACCCGUUCCAGCUAGGAUUGACAGUGGCUUGCAAGCAGCAGAUGGCGGAGCGUAUGAAAGGCAUUAGCAAUUCUGAGGUAGUAUCUAAAAUGCUUUCCCUUGAAUUCAACCCUGGCUGUCGUCGUCUCACUCCUGGAGAUGGAUAUUUGGAAGCAUUUGCCAACUCAAACGCUGUCUUGGCUUUUGAUCCUAUUGAACGAAUCACAGAACAUGGAAUCAAAACCAAAAAUGGCAAUGAGCAACAGUUUGACAUGAUUGUCUGUGCCACCGGAUUUGAUACAACGUUCAUUCCCUCUUGGAAAUUGGUCGGUCGAAAUGGUGCGGUCCUGGAUGAGCGCUGGAAAACAAACCCAGAAGCUUUCUUUACUGUCCAGGUAGACACUAUGCCCAACUACUUCAUCUUCAACGGACCCAACUGUCCAAUUUCCCAUGGCUCAGUGUUGACAGAGAUAUCGUGGACGUGCGACUACAUCUUGAAAUGGACCAAGAAGAUUGCUACCGAGGAUAUCAAAUCAAUCGAUGUCAAGCGCGAGGCUGUGGAUGACUACAAUGUCUAUGCUCAGGAGUUCCUAAAGCGCAUGGUGUGGUCUGACGGUUGCCGAAGCUGGUAUAAGAACGGCAAGCGAUCUGGGCAUGUCACUGGCGUGUAUCCGGGCUCCAUCUUACACUACAAAGAUUGCCUCGAAAAUAUUGGUGGUGAGCAUUUCAACAUCGAGUAUCGUUCCAAGAACCGAUUCCGUUUCCUUGGGAAUGGAGAAAGUGUCCAUGAUAAGCACGGGGCGGGCGACUUGGCAUAUUACAUGGACGAUCUAAAGGCUUCUGCUCCCCGGAAAGUUGACAUGGAUGCCGGUGUUGAGGACUAUCUCUGA